AUGGAGACAGUUGCUGCGUAUUUGCUGUGCAUUGAGAAUGGACUCGAACCAACCAAAGAGAAAAUGAGUGAGAUCAUCGGAUGUGUCAAUCCAGGAUACUCUAAGGAAUCAUUUGAGCUCUUUCUAAGCAAGAUUUCCGGUAAAACACACGCUGAGAUAAUGGCAGCUGGUUCUGAGAAGAUGGCAACACAGACUGUUUCAACCAAUGCGGCUGCAGCACCAGCUGAGAAGGUAGAGGAGAAAGUAGAGGAAGAGGAGGAGUCAGAUGACGCAGUUCUAGACAUGUUUUAG